AGAAUCCAGUUGAGUUUGGAGAUUCGCAACCGUCGGUAGCUUCUUGGUUAAAAGCUUCCCGUUUUGCAUGUUAUUGUGUGCGUGCUAGUUUUUUUUUGUUUGGCCACCCAAACACCACCCACCGAGUCACUACUUAACGCAUUCUUUCAUUUGAUGUAGGCUGUUUUGCAAAAUUUUACCCGGACGGGAAACCAGGCAAACAGCCUAUACAGCUAGGAUACAUGAACGAAGAAGAAUUUUGUUUGAUGAAGUCGUGUGGUUUCCAGUAUAGCUAGGUGCUACAUGGUUGUGAUUGCGGGGGAAAAUUUUCCCGACCUGAAUAAAGCAACAGUGGGUACUGAAUUGCACAUCUGUUAUUUUUUUCCGAAAGUUUUAGUGAAACUGUGUUUGUUGUUCCAGUGGAAUUUAGUGCUAUUUAUGUUAUUUGGAGAAUAUUAUUACUUGAUUUUAACGAAAUUAGGUGCUUUCAGUAUGCUAAGCCAUCAAUUACUAACAUUGAGAUCGAAGUUUUGUUCUUGGAAACCAUUUGUGAUACAUAUGUGAAAUAAAAUGAAGUGGAAAAACGAAGGAAGCAUCGAAUCGACGUUAGAGCGAAUCUGUUAUUCAAUGUAUUAUUGCUAAUAUUGUUGACAUUUAAGACAAGUUACGUUUAUUGUGGAAGUGUAAUAAAGAAAAAAAUAAACAUGUUUUCCUGUUGUCGCUGUGGGAACCCUAAAUCGCCCAAGUAUAAGAAAAAGAAUGGCCAAGAGGACGACGACUCCGCCAGCCAUAACUCCAACGAUCCCUGUCACGAAGACAAUCCGUCGAGUGAGGAAGAAAUCAAAGUGGAAAUAAUAGAAACGGAAGCGAAACCUGUUGGGUCACCCGCAGAUGAGAAGGAAUCUGCUGAAGAAAAUCAAGCUACAAAUGAAACAGAUUCGCCCCUAUCUCCCGCAUCCGCGGAAAACACGGAUGAAAUCGACCAACCUCAAGACACCCUCAAGAUAUCGCCAAAUAGAAGCCCAACAUUGAGUGAACAUCAGCAAUCAACGGAUGAAGGUUCGGAAGCACUCAAGAACGAUGAGGCCGCUUGUCCCGAGAGUACAAAAGAGUCAAUACCGGAGAAAAUUCCCACCACCAUCACCGUGACGGCUGAUACGACCGAGGCCAUCACUGCCAUCCAAAGUGGCCCGAGUGAAAUGGAGAACGAGAAGUGUAAUGUAAUAAUGGAGCCAAUAACAGAUUCCGCAAACAGUCCGCCUAAAAGUGACGCUAUGAGCGAUGGAAAACAAGACGACGAAGGGAAUGAUGAAUCACGUUCAUCAGAUACGGAUAACAUGCAGUCGGAAAGUCUCGAACCUGUUUCGGAAAUCGAAAUUCUUCCUGCACCCGUUCAAGCUCCAGCGGAAAUUCCCCCGGAAACGGAUGUGGAUCUAGUAGAACGUUCGCCCAGUUUAGAGAAAAUUCAGCGAUUGAAAAGUGAUACCAGCAACAGUCAAGCUACGGUCGAGGAAAUAAUCGAUAUUCAUAGUUAUUUGCCGAACAAAUGUGUCCCCGAAGAAGAACUAAAUAAGGAUGUUGAAAAUGAUGCAAGUGAUAGCGGUAGCAAUAAUAGUGAAUUGUGUAGUGACGACAAUCAUGUGCCUAAGAUAGCUGCCGAGAAAGCUGUAGAUGAUGAGCAGGGGCCGGAUGAACCCGCUGCUAUCAUGUGUGGUGUUGUGUCUGACAACGGCACAGGCAGCAGCCUUCCAAGUGAAUGGGAACCCAAUGAAAGCUGUCAAUCGGUCAGUAGGAAAGAGUCGACUAACAGUGACGACUCAACCAUUCGUACACAAGUAUCGUUUCGCGAAAGUUGUCUGUCUAGACGCUCCUCGUCCAAGUCAUCCAUCAAGAAAAAGGUGGUUUAUAAAGAUACCACCGAAAUCAUUCCACCACCGGAUUAUUUGGUGACCGCGACCGACGAUGACGAAGUAUUUUCCGACUCGAUACCUCCUAGACUGCCGCGAGGUAAUAUGUGUGCUCCGUAUGCUACUAAACGGGGCUCCAUUCCCGGUCUAGUUGCGCUUCCGGAAUGGUUCGCCGAAGAUAGAUUGAUGAUGGAGGAGGGUGGAAUCAUGGAACCACCCACAACGCCAAUCGGCCGUGAUGAGCUGGCUUUGCGACGGCAUCGCUUCUUCUCGGAACUAUUGAAUGCGGCCCACGCUGCCGUGGAGCAUCGAGUACGCUUCGAUCCGCCUGGCCCGUUUGUGACAAAGGAAGACCAGACGUGUGGAACAGAUUGUGAUCCCGACCUAAAGCCCUCAUCCGCCCGUGAACUAGAGCAUCUCAUCGACCGCCUUGAACGCAUAGUAGACCGUCUAGAACGUACAGUGUCCGCUAAGGAGUUGGAAGAAACUCGACGCAUCUUGAAGGACGUGUGUCACGCUGGCAAAGUAGUCGUUUCAGGCACUGUCCCCAUUACCGACGAAAACUGCACCGCGGAAGAAAACGACAAGUUGCUCGAUCCAAACUCGAACAGCGAAUUACCAACGGUUCUUCCAUCGACACCACCACCUUCUGCUUCCUAUCUGCAUCAACAGUUGGACAGUCUCGAGGCCACACUUUUUCCAGAGCUGAAUUCCAGUGGAUCAGCUGCCGCCAAGGAUCACUCUUCGGCUGAACACUCGAUAGACGCGCUACCGACAGUCAUUUCGCAAGUAGUAUUAGAUAAUUCAAUUAGUAGUAAUCACAGUAACGAUCACGAGCAAAAUUCAGUAUUAGAAUCGAUCGACUUCUUACCAACGGACAACGAUCUCGACUGCUCAGAAGACCUUGCUCGAUCAAACAUCAUGAGUGUAAACGCAUACGAAGACAUCAUCUUGGGUUCGUUGGCCAAGUUUCUUACGUUAUCCAACAAGAUUGGCGGGGAUGUUGCUACACAGGCCGAACUAGUUAAACAGGCUUUCGACGUCCAGCUUUCGUUUUUGCGAACUGCAGCCGAAUGUAGUGCUCCGUCUGAUAGUGAAUUACAAAGCAUGCUCAAACCGACCUCAGAUCAAAUUGCAGCCAUCCAGAGCUACCGCGAAAAGCAUCGUACUUCGCCAUACUUCAAUCACCUAUCCGCAAUCAGCGAAAGUAUUUCAGCUCUGGGUUGGGUUUGUGUGGCACCUACCCCUGGACCAUAUGUGAAGGAAAUGAACGAUGCGGGUCAGUUCUAUACGAACCGUGUACUGAAGGAUUGGAAGGAAAAAGACACCACCCAUGUCGAGUGGGCUCGCGCGUGGAUUCAAACUCUAACGGAACUGCAGCAAUUAAUUAAGCAGCACCAUACCACUGGUCUGGUGUGGGCUGGGAAGAACAAACCGGCGCUAGGCGGGGCAGCUAUUCCCCCUCCACCACCUCCUGGUGGUCUGCCACCACCACCUCCGAUGAUGCCUCUUGGCGACUUGACCGCUGGUGCCGAUGCUGGUGAUGAAAGAAGUGCUCUCUUCGCUCAGAUUAAUCGAGGAGCAGAUAUUACUAAGGGAUUGAAGAAGGUAACGUCGGAUAUGCAGACACACAAGAACCCUGGACUUCGUUCCGGCCCAGCUCCAUACAAAGCUCCAACUGGCAUCAGCAAUGGAACGACAUCGGUUUCAGCGCCAGUAGCUCCCGUUUCCAAGCCUCCGAGCUUCAUUCGUGAUGGUAAAAAAUGGUUAAUCGAAUAUCAGAAGGGCAAUUCGAACCUGGUGGUUGAAAAUGCUGAGAUGAAUAAUGUAGUAUACAUGUUCAAGUGCGAUAACUGCACACUAGUGAUUAAAGGCAAAAUCAACAGCGUUGUGAUGGACUCAUGUAAGAAAUGUUCUCUUGUUUUCGACUCUUUGGUUGCAUCGGCAGAGUUUGUAAACUGUCAAAGCGUACAGAUGCAGGUCCUAGGCAAAGUUCCAACCAUUUCUGUUGAUAAGACUGAUGGAUGCCAAAUGUAUCUGUCCGCUGACUCGUUGGACGUUGAAAUAGUCAGUUCCAAAUCGUCAGAGAUGAAUGUUAUGAUCCCGAAAGGAACCAGCGGGGACUAUAGCGAACAACCUAUCCCGGAACAAUUUAAGACUACAAUCAAAGGACAGAGCUUGAACACCUCCUGCGUGGAAAGUCUUGGCUAAAGCAAAUUAAAUGGCGUAUAGGCCAAACUAUUAGUAUUCUUCAAUCAGGAGAUAUCCACAAAAGCAAACAAAUCUAAUAUCAUUUCAAAACAACUAACAAAUAAGAAUGAACAGUGAAGCAAACUUCAUACACAUGACCUAGGGAAACAAAAGCUUAUUAUAAUUUACACAACUUCAUCUUCGACGCUGUCACUAGUCAUAUUUUUUGAUUUUCAAUUGAAGUUAUUUUCCAUUCUGAGAAAGUGUCUAAAUCUUUUUUAUAGAACAAAUUCGUGUUAUAUUCAAAAUGCAUUUAUCAUCCCAAAUAAUGCUGCAGACUUUUUAUCAAUAGUAGAUAUAACCAAUUAUAUAACCAAUUAAAUGUCCUAUUGAGAACUGACGUGCUCACUGCCUCCACUAAGUAGGCAAAGCACAUGCAUUAAAAAGUAGAGGAAACUUUUAACAUUUUUUUUUCUUUUUCGUAUUGCAUUCAGAUGGCAUGACUUCAACCUAACUUUAUAUAAAUUCUGUUGCUUUAAAUGGAGAAAUGUUACAGCUCUGAAACGUUACAGUGACAUCUACAGCUGCUUGACUAUGUUGGAUUGCUUUAUAUUUUGGACGCCGUAUAGAACACUCAUACAUACAUUAAAACAUAUGAUCCUAACGUAGCUAACCGUUUUUAUUAACAAUAAUACAUAUUUAGCUAAAACCGCAUAAAACAUGGUUACGAAGUAUUCAAGAAAGGAACAGUACGGCACGAGUUCAAGGCAUGUGUUUUACGUAAAGAGAGAUUUUUUGAAACUGGUUUGUAUUUUAAAGCAGUAAACUACUAUAAUGCAUUAUGGUGAAAAAAA